AUGUCUGAUGAAUUUAUUGAAUCAACACAUGGUAAAACGCAAUUAUGUUCUCUCGGUUAUCGAUAUUGUUUCAAACACAAAAAUCAAAAUGGAUCCGAAUACUGGGUUUGUGUAAAAUGUACAGCAUCAGCAACAAGUUAUUCAGAUUUGUCCGUUGUAGCACGUGAUGAACAUACAUAUUUAUCUGAUGAAACUGACAAGAUUGUCUUAGAAAUAUCCAAUGAUUUGCUUAUUAAUUUACCGUCUAUUAACACACUAAAAAAAAAUUUACACAAGCAACGUCGUAAGACUCGUCCACCAGUUCCUCGAAAAAUUGAACAACUUCUGUUACCAUUACCUGAUGUUUAUUGUAAAACAACACAAGGUGAUUGGUUUUUUGUUAUAUGA